GAUGCGUAUCGCCGCCUUUUCGCGCGGUCCUGAGUUCUACAACGCGCGCGCUCAUAUGUUGUUGUUGGUAUGUGAAACGAUAGUUGGUGUUAGCCACUUUUUAAUGCAUCAUGGUGAAGUGACGGUUUGCCUUGAUACGUGGUAGCCACAAGAGACUCGCGGCUCUGAAUUUUCCUCUAACAGGCGGUACGUUAGCUUGCUAGUUCCUUACAUCAAGUGGAGAUUUUUGUCCCUGGUGAAACUGAGGGUAAGGACUGGGUGUUGGGAGCUAGCCUGACUUGGUUCUAGAGCUGGCUAAUGUUAGCUGCGUGAGCUGUCUGCUUGGAACAGCGUCGGUAAACGGGUGUAGCUAAAGUUUAGACCUGGGUAUUACAAAUGUCUCUCUCCACCCUGACGCCGGAAUGGGACGACGACGAGCGGAUGGAGUUUAUGUUCUCCGACUUCAAGGAGAACCGAGAUGUCAACACGACGGACUGGGACAGUAAGAUGGACUUCUGGACGUCCCUGGUGUCAAAGAGCUGCAAGCAGCGCGGCACCGUGUGCGUCAGCCUGCAGGAGCUGAACAAGACCUUCAGGAGGAAAGACAGAUCACCGCUGGGCUUGGCUACUGUCCUCCAGUCCAUGGCCAGGUGUGGGAAGAUCCAGAGGGAGUCCGAGUUUGCUGCCAAUGUGGACUGUGGCUGGCUGUCCUGGGGUGUGGGACUGCUGCUGGUGAAGCCUCUGAAGUGGACCUUCUCCACCCUUCUGGGAAGCAGCCGAGUGCCUUUGGAGGAGUCCUUUGUUGUCAUUGAACUAGUGAAGGAGAAAGCAGCAGAGUUACUCAGGGUGUACCGGAGCAGUGAAUUUGCGAGCAGCCCCAUCCUGUCCUUUCAGGAGCUCUGUACUCUGUCCUCCGACGUCUGUGCUGACGAGAGCACGCUGUGCAUGGCCCUGCUGCAGCUGCAGAGGGACAAACAGGUGACGGUGACCGUGCUCGAAGGCGAGAAGAUAGUGAAGUUCUGUCAGCCUGGGCAGGAUCGGGUCUCGCCUGUCACCGAUGUGGACGUCGGCAUCUACCAGCUGCAGCGCAGUGAGAAGCUGCUGGGAGAGCGGGUGGAGAAGCUGGGCCUUGAGGCUGACAAAUGCAGAGAGGAAGCGAGGAUGCUGCUGCGAGAGGGGAAGAAAUCCCAGGCCCUGAGGUGCUUAAGAGGCCGCAGAAGGGUGGAAAAGAGAGCGGACAACUUGUUUGCUAAGCUGGAGUCCAUCAGAGGGAUCCUGGACAGAAUCGCUCAGUCACAGACUGAUAAGAUGGUCAUGCAAGCGUAUCAGGCCGGAGUGGCAGCGCUGAGACUCUCUCUGAAGGAUGUGACUGUGGAACGUGCUGAGAACCUGGUGGAUCAAAUCCAGGAGCUUUGUGACACUCAAGAUGCGGUGAACCAGACUAUAUCCAGUGGUGUGACCAGCGCAGAUGAAGACAUGAACGAGUUGGAGGAAGAACUGAAAUCUUUGCUGGACGAGUCAAAGCCGGAUUCUGUAUCAGGUUUACCCGAAGUUCCGGCGAGUGACGUCCGAGCGUCCGGGGAGCCGAGCCUCCCGGGCGGCGAGCUGCUCGGCUGCCUGCCUGCUGUACCGCACAGCCGCGUCAGCGUGUCCGCCGGCCCGCUGCAGGAAGAACUGACUCGGUUGACUCUGACAGACUCAGGCUCCGAACAGAAGAAGAGAUUAGAGACGACGCAGUGAAGGCAAGUGAGACGCCCUGCACCAACACGUCACGCUGUACCUCUGGCGGGUUUUCUGUGAGCUGCGGGGUCAGGGUGCUCCGGUCAGGACUGUUUGGGGCUGAUUAACUGCUGCUGGAAGUCAUCUAAAAAUAUUGAGAAAAUAAGUAAUGCUGUUUACUUUUCCCGAUUCAAAUAAAUAGGUUUAUCACAAAAUGAAAAUCACGACACCGAUGUAAAGUAUCCGUAACUCCUAAGUACUUUUACCUCCAGACUGCGCUCAGCUCGAGUACUUUAAUACGUGUAUUUGUUGUGAACUUGUUGUGUAGUCAUGUUCCCCUGAACAGAAACUCUCCGCCCUGCUGCGUGCUGAGCUCCGUUAGCCGUUAGCUCUGUUAGCCAAUCACACUGCAGCGCUCGGCUAACAGCUAAGCGGCUCCCCUCCUGCUGAUCUCAGCGCAGGUUUGUCCUCUUCUGAUCGGCAUCCAUAGGGACCAGUGAUCAGGUAUCAGCCGGCAGCCAUCGAUGGCUCAUCAAUCGGAGCACUUAAAUCACGAAACUAAACAAGUUGUGCGAUCGCAAUCAAAAUUGUUGUGAUGUCAAGACGAAAAUGAGGCACUUUUUCUCGAUCUUUAACGUGUUUUUCUUUUCGAUCUGCUCCUCCGUCAGUCAAGUCGAACAUUUUAAGCUUUGGUCCAUCACCACUAGAAAUGCUUUUAAUUUUGUGGUAUUUUCAUAGCGCGUGAACAGGUGUGUUUGUCAUUUGAAGCCUGCUGUGAUGUCUUCACUCGCAGUCCUGUAAAGUGGCCUUUUGAACUGUAAAUAUGAAGCCUAAAGUAAAGAGAAUAUUACACCAAAUGAUUUCACAACCUCGAGUGUAUUUAGCCUCCACAUGAGGGCUGAGAUGUCUGCCUUCAGUGAGUUUAACCAAAUAUUAUGUUUCUCAAAAUAAAAUUUAUUUUAAUCACUA